AUUCCUUGUACCAUUGUUGCGCUUUUUUCUGGAUAAACAACAUUGCCCUCCUGCCUACUCCCCUGUUGAUUCUUUCCUCCUUCCUGCUGCGCUUUAUAACACAUUCAGAGUAGCACUUCUGCGCCUCUCGCAACUUCCCCAUUACAGGGUUGGGCGGCGGUCACUUUUUGUUUACAUUGCCUUGCUCACUCCACAACCGCCUCACAGUGUCGUUGCGCUCCUGAACAACGUACUCAUCUUUCUACCAACCAAACACCGUCUCAGUUAUCGAGCAUCUCUACCAAGAUGACGCUCAAAGACACGUACCAACGCUUUCUCGACCUCCCCAAUCCCAUCAGCCUCUCCGACAAUGCCUCUCUCCACUACAUUACGACCUUGACCACCUUUUCGCAGCCUGCACAGAUCAUUCGACACCUCGAAACUCAGAAUAAAAAGCUGGUGUCAACGAAACAUGCAAAGGUUAUUUCAAUGGUAGAGGGACCAAAUUCGAUUGCUUUGGAAGUCGAGACUGUUCUCGAAUUCAUCUCAGGAGGUGGAUCGUAUUUGCCAGGUCUAGAGAACUUUGUCGUGGACAAGAUAGCCAUUAUCCCUGUGACCCAUUUUGUCCUCUUCGACGCAGAACGGAAGAUUACUCAAGUCAGACUCUCCUGGGAUCAAGCUUCACUUUUGAAACAGACCGAUGUAAUUGGAUCAAGGGGAAGGAACUGGCCUGUGACCGAUGGCAAGGAUCAAGUCAGACUCAUCACUGCCAGUUUCAAUGCCGCGCCGAAGGUAGCAUCCGAACUUCCUACGAGCCCUCGUGGGCGUUCCGAAAAUCAGAGCAUUGCUUCAUCUCGAAACGUGUCACCCGGCAAGAAGCAUCUCAAAGACCCACAUGCAAGUUUGGACCUCUUCUCACCAAAGCCAGUCGAUGAGCCUGAAUCUAUCGCCAGCCCGAAUGCAGUCGCACCGCGUGCUUCGGCAAGACCUCCUCCACGUGAAAUGAGCGAACUCUUCGCAGCAGGUCACGAAGAUCAUGAGCCUGGAUCGCCCAAAAAGCCUCCUGUACAGGUCGUUGUUGCCCCCAAGGGUGGCGCAAGUCAGAAAUUUGCGCCACCUCGUCUGUUUGGGGACGAUCCGAAUGAGCCUGGUGCGAUAGGUUACAAAUCGGAUCCAUCCAAAUACAACCACUUUGACCUGGGCGACGCAAUUGAAAACGACCCCAUGCAAUACCACGGACCCAACAGAAACCGCAACGUCCCUUUGCGUCCCAAGACAGACAAGCAUGGUUCGCAGUGGGAUUUCGAUGACUUCUAUACACCAGCCAAGGUUCCGCAAAAGGUUCGAGACCAAGACGUGGUCCACUUCAGUCUCGACAGUAAAUCAAGCGAAUUCGCAACACCUGCUGCUCAGAAAAUCGCGACUAAACCACGUCGCGACAACGAAGCUCACUUUGAAUUCCAGGACGACGGCCCUCCAGUCGAACGACACGUUGUGCCCAAGCCCCGCAAGGACGCGGAGACACACUUUGAAUUCAGAGAUACAGCGACGCCUGUUCCAAAUCGUGCUUCGGACAGGCCCACUAGUUCAGGCCGACAAGGCCUGUACUCGAGUAACAUAUUCGACGAAGAGGAUGCUGGUCGACCACAAGAAAAGGCCCCGUUGUCCACGAUUACCAACAACACCAACCGAAAGAAUGACUUUGACAGCCAUUGGUCCAUGUCAGAUGUGUCGCCUGCUACCGAGAAACCCAACAAUGAGAACAAUCGUGCUGCUGGACAUCGAAAGAAACCUUCUCAGAUGGACAGCCAUUGGAGCAUCGGGGACGACAACAGCCAGCCAGGACCAACAAAGGCUCAAACUAAAGCCCCGAAGGGUUUUUGGGACUUUUAAAGAGAACCAGGCCCUUAGAUGAUCAUCUCGACUGGUCCCCGUUGCAUUGUUAGAGGUAUAUGAGGGUGGAUUGGUAUGAAAUUACAAGAAUGAUUAUGGAGGCAGACUUCCGUUGUUUGGUGCUCAUGGCAUUCUGAUGAUAGUGACCGUACGUAUUUUCAAUGUAUACAUGUCAGACAUGGUCAGACGAGGCGAUGCCUGGCUCAGGGAAUCAGAUAAGGGACUGUCUUGUAGUGUCUUCUGCAUGUUGACAUCACUAUGGCAGCGCCUUCACACACAAGGAGUCAAGAUCGUCUGGAAGUGAUUGGCGACCGUAAAAUCCCCC